AUGCGGCUCGAUGUGAAGCGACAGCUUUUUGCCCGCUCAGAGCGGGUGAAAGGCAUCGAUUUCCACCCUACUGAGCCAUGGAUCCUAACAACCCUCUACAGCGGCCACGUUUACAUAUGGUCGUACGAAACCCAAGCAAUCGUCAAGACGUUCGAGCUCACAGAUGUUCCUGUACGAGCAGGGCGCUUCAUCGCUCGCAAGAACUGGAUCGUAUGCGGGUCAGACGAUUUCCAAGUACGGGUCUACAAUUACAAUACCUCUGAAAAAAUAACAGCCUUUGAAGCUCACCCUGACUACAUCCGUGCUAUUGUCGUUCACCCUAAUCAGCCAUUUGUUCUUACCGCCUCCGAUGACAUGACCAUCAAAUUGUGGGAUUGGGAUAAGGGAUGGAAGUGCGUCCAGGUAUACGAGGGUCACAGCCAUUAUGUGAUGAGUAUGGCCAUAAAUCCGAAAGAUACGAACACCUUUGCUUCGGCAUGUCUAGAUAGAACCGUCAAAAUAUGGAGCUUUGGGUCUGGGCAUGCUAAUUACACUAUGGAAGCGCACGAGACGAAGGGGGUGAAUCACGUCGAUUACUAUCCUCAAGCGGACAAACCCUAUCUGCUUACAACAUCGGACGACCAGACCGUCAAGAUCUGGGACUAUACCACGAAGUCGCUCAUCGCUACGUUAGAAGGCCAUACAAGUAAUGUUUCCUUCGCCUGCUAUCACCCUGAGUUACCGGUCAUAAUAUCUGGUUCUGAAGACGGGACCGUCAAGAUCUGGCACGCGAACACAUAUCGAUUAGAACAAUCGCUGUCUUAUGGUUUAGAGCGCGCAUGGUGUGUAAGCUAUCAACGCGGUCAGCAGGGCAUCGCAGUCGGAUUCGAUGACGGUGCAGUUGUAGUGAAAAUGGGCAGAGAAGAGCCUGCUGUUUCGAUGGACAGCUCAGGCAAGAUGAUAUGGGCGCGACAAAACGAAAUCGUUUCCGCCAUCAUUAAAUCUGAAAGCAGUAUUGGGACGAAGGAUGGCACACCACUCAGCUUAGCCUCAAAAGAGCUUGGGAAUUGUGAGGUUUAUCCACAAACUCUUACUCAUUCUCCAAAUGGCCGAUUUGUAUCUGUUUGCGGAGAUGGUGAGUAUAUUCUCUACACCGCUCUAGCAUGGCGUAACAAGGCGUUUGGUCCUGCUCAGGAUUUUGCGUGGGGGGUGAAUACUAAGACGAAUGAUUAUGCGAUACGAGAAUCUGCAAUGAGCGUCAAGAUCUUUAGCAAUUUCAAAGAGAAGAGUAGCGGCCUGGACGUAGGUUUUCAAGCGGAGGGUCUUAGCGGUGGCCACCUCUUGGGCGUAAAGGGCCAAGGGGGCAUUGGUUUAUUCGAUUGGGAUUCAGGGGCUUUGGUGAGGAGAAUAGAAGUCGACCCAAAGAACGUAUACUGGUCCGGCAGCGGUGAGCUCGUAACGCUCGCUUGCGAAGAGACCUUCUACGUCCUGCGCUUCUCUCGCGAGAACUACGAAUCCGGUGUCUCUGCCGGUCUCGCAGACGAAGACGGUGUCGAGUCCGCCUUCGAAGUCGUCACCGACAUCAACGAAUCCGUUCGCACAGGGCAAUGGGUAGGUGACUGCUUCAUUUACACCAACAGCACAAACCGCCUCAAUUACCUCGUCGGCGACCAGACAUACACCGUCUCCCAUUUCGACAAACCCAUGUAUCUCCUUGGCUACCUUCCUUCGCAUGGAAAAGCCUACGUAGCCGACAAAGACGUUGGUGUAACAUCCUACUCCCUUUCCCUCAGUGUCGUCGAGUACCAAACCCUCGUCCUUCGUGGCGACAUGGAGACAGCGGCAGAAGUCCUCUCCACCAUCGCUGACGACCAGAAGAACAAAAUCGCUCGUUUCCUCGAAGGCCAGGGGUACAAGGAGAUGGCGCUCGAAGUGGCUACAGACCCAGAACAGCGCUUUGACCUCGCUUUAUCCCUCAACAAUCUCCCUGUCGCCCUCGACAUCGCUCGCGAAGCAGACGUAGAACAUCGCUGGAAGACCGUGGGCGACGCCGCUCUGGCAGCAUGGAAUCUCGCACUUGCCGAGGAAUGCUUUGUCAACGCUAAGGACAUGGGUUCCCUGCUGCUGCUUCACACAUCUACAAACAAUGCCGAAGGGCUGAGGAAGCUAGCGAGUCAGGCUAACGACUCCGGUGCGUACAAUGUCGCCUUCUCAUGCCUGUGGCAUCUAGGCGACGUGGACGCUUGUCUCGAUCUACUCCUCCGCACAAACCGGACGGGUGAGGCUGUGCUCUUCGCGCAGACGUACAAACCGAGCAGAUGUAGGGAUAUCGUCCUACAAUGGAAGACGGGCCUAGACAGAAGUGGCAGGGGAAAGGUGAGUCGGAUGUUGGGCGUGCCCCCAGCAGAGGGGGAGACGAUUUAUUCCUUAAUUGGGAGGAGCACUUGA